CCUAGGGAGCCAUUGAUUUCCUUCUGCCGCGUUGUCUAGCCUCCAUUAGCCCUCACUAGCUUGUCCUGCCGCCCGCCUUUUGGCCGGUGGGCACCGUGCUGCUGUUGACAGAGCAGCCUCUUUGUUUUCUUUCCAACCUCCCAGUCCCCGCGGGAGCGGGACAGCGGAGCCCGCCCGGGGGUAAGAGCAGGACGCGUCCCUGGCUGGCCAUGGGCAAGAACAAAGCCAAAGGGUCAAAGCCGAAGAGUGUCUUCGCUGUGGCCAACACCAAAUCCCUGAAGGCCAAGAAUAAAGCUAAACCGGUCACAACAAAUCUGAAGAAGAUAAACAUUGUGAAUGAUGAAAAAGUUAGAACGGUAAAUAAAACAUUUACUGAAGUACAGAAAGAAGUCAAACAACUAUCAAAAGGCAUUUCAUCAAAAUCUCAAAAGAGGCGUUGGGUUUCCAAGCACCUGGAAGGUGAACCAGCUGAUGUGGAUGCAGCUGCAAGCUUAUUAUCUCAGUUGUAAUGCAUAAUGAAAUAUCUAUGAAUUUCAAAAGCAAAAUUUACUGGCAAAUCAGUGGAUGGCACAUAAUGAAUACUCGGUUUGUACAGUUUUAUUAAAAAAAUCUUGUUAAUAUA